GAAGAGAGAAGAAGAGACACGAACACGAACGGAAGCAGGAGAAGAUCGAAGAGACGAAGUACAAGAAGGUCGAAAAGGAAGACACGAUCGAAAAGAUAUGGAGAUUGAUGGACAAGAAGAAAGCGAUAUGCCUCCACCGACCAACCACCAACGAAGGUCUGUCUCUCUCCCUCUCUCUUUUGGUUAAAAAUGCAAUUGUGUGAUUGAAUGCGAAGUUGAUCAAUUGUUAUUGUUUGGUCUUUUGGGUUCUAGUAUGCAGUGUUCUAAUAUGCCGUGUGAAUCAUCCGGUAUUUCUUCUCAAGUAAUUUACAUCCCCCAAGUUAAGAAUGAACUCAUACCGAAAAUCAACCAAGAGUUUGACAAAUUAGAGGACGUUCUAAAGUUUUACAAGGGAUAUGGUAAAGAGGGAGGAUUUGGUGUGCGAUCGAGUUCUAGCAGAAAGAAUAAAGAUUAUGUAGUCGUUAGAAAGGAGUAUUGUUGUUUCAAAGAAGGGGAGGCGGUCCAAAAAAAAAAUACUGAACCAUCUAAACGGAAACGGGGGACAACUAGAGAGAAUUGUGGUGCAAAAUUGGCUGUUGUGAAGAAGGCUGAAAAGUAUGUUGUCUCCCAAUUUUUUGAGGGUCAUAACCACCCCCUUACGUCUCCGAGGAGGGUGCAUUUGUUGCGAUGCUUUCGUAAGGUGUCAUCUGCCAAAAAAGCUUUAGUAGAUCAACUAUCAGCAGCAAAUGUCCCAACUUGUCAACAAAUGAGUCUUUUUGAGUUGGAAUCAGGAGGUCUUGAAAAUGUUGGAUGCUCACAACAAGACCUGUAUAAUUAUAAAAGGGAUAAGAAGAUUUCUUUAGUUGGACAUGAUGCCAAUUUGUUGAAGGAGCAUUUUGAGAUUGAAAAAGAAAAGAAUGCUGGUUUUUAUUUUACAAUUGAGACAGAUGAUGAGGGGAGGAUGACACAUUGUUUUUGGGCAGAUGCAACCGCUAGAAAGUCGUACAAGUAUUUUGGGGAUGUGGUGGUAUUUGAUACAACUUACAACACAAAUCAUUAUUCUAUGAUUUUUGCACCUAUUUUAGGGGUUAAUCACCAUAGGCAGACUACUAUUUUUGGGUGUGCAUUGUUAUGUGAUGAAAAAGCCGAGUCUUUUGAAUGGCUUUUCAACGAAUGGUUGAAGGCAAUGCCCGCAGGCCCUCCCAAAAUGAUUAUAACUGAUCAGGAUCUUGCAAUGACAAAAGCAAUUACUGUUGCUCUUCCGAAUACGCUUCACAGGUAUUGCAUGUGGCACAUUACGAAUAAGUUUUCCGAAAAAAUAAGUGCAUUGGCCUACAAAGAGCAUUAUGCGGAGUUCAAGAAUUGUAUAUGGAAUUCCGAGACCCCUGAACAGUUCGAGGCUGGAUGGGUAGAGGUGGUAAACAAAGCUAACUUAUCCGGCAAUGAUUGGUUAGAAAACUUAUACGAAAUUCGUGAGAGAUGGGUUCCUGCAUACGUGAGACACAUUUUUUCUGCUCACAUGACUAGUAGUCAAAGAGCCGAAAUUACUCAUGCAUUUUUCAAGAGGUAUGUGUCUAAAGAAAAUUCAUUGUUGGAGUUUGUGACGCGGUUUGAGAGGGCACUUUCCAAAGUACGCCAUAAUGAGUUGGAUAUGGAUCAUAAAGACGUCAAUGAGAAACCACACUUGAAAACUAUGUAUUCCAUGGAAUCGACAAUGAGUGAAAUCUAUACAAUUGAGAUAUUUUACAUGUUUCAAGAGGAGCUCUUUCAAAAUGUGGCGUAUAAGUUGACGGCAACAAACGAGGAUGAACAUCAUUGUGUCUACACCGUUCAAAGGGUAAAAGGGAGUGGUUUGAGGGUUCGUGAGGUUGUGGUAGAUAAGUUGUCAAACCAUGUCCGUUGUAGUUGUAAGAUGUUUGAGUGUGCCGGAAUUCCUUGUCGGCAUAUGUUGGCUUACUUUUCUAGAAUGCAAAUGGAUGAUUUGCCUAAUGAAUACAUCUUACGGAGGUGGACAAAAUCAGCGAAGGCGAUGCGAGUGAGAGAUGACUUGGGUUCGGGCAUCAAAGAAAUAUAUGACAUGUCUUUGUUAGAGCGGCGAAAUAGACUCUUCCAACUUGCUUCCACUGUAAUUGAUGAGGCCGCACUAACUGAGGACGGAACACAAAUUGUGGAAGAACUUUUGAGUUCGGGUCAAAAGAAGCUAUGUGACGUGAAAAAAGUAAGCCAAGAUGGUGUAGGGAGUUCUAUCCAAAUGCCGAUUUUUCGUGACCAUGGUUUGAAAGAACCACUUCAAGUGAGGGCAAAGGGUUGUGGUAAACGACUCAAGGGAGGGAAAGAGAAGGCUGCCAAGAAGGUUAGGCGUUGUAAUGGUUGUGGGCUAAUAGGCCAAUCGCAUGAUAAACGGAAUUGUCCCAAACUUCUCAACACGUACGUGAUUAAAAUUUGUAAUUUCAAUUUAAUUGUUUCAUUUUUACAUGUUAAUUGGGUUUUUUUUUUUGUUAGGUCUUCGCAAAAUACUAGGUUGAAUGACGAAGACGAAGACAAUGACGACAUUAACUAUGACGAUGCCGAUGAUUGUAAGUGUUUAUAAUAAAACGCAUCAAUUUUGUUUUGUUUCUUUUAUUCAUAUUAUCUUUAUUUAUGUUUCAGGAUGGCUUUGGAACUCCUUACAAGAUGGAGAU